AUGACACACUCAUCGGCUCAAUUAAAUGAUUUAACUGAUGAAAUUCUUAUGAUUAUUUUCAAAAAUUUGAACAAUGAUGAAAUACUCUAUUCUUUAGUAGGUGUUAAUAAACGGCUCAAUACACUUGUACACGAUUCAGCUUUUACAAGUCAUGUAACAUUGAUGAGACGUUUCUCCAAGAAUUCCAUUCAUCCUUUAUCUGAUACAAUACUUGAUCGUUUUUUACAAAUUUUACCUUCGAUUCGUCAUAAAGUCCAAUGGCUUGAUGUUGAAUCAUCAAGUAUGGAACGUAUUCUUCUUUCUACAAAUUAUCCUAAUUUAUAUGGACUUGGUUUAUAUAAUCUUGAAAUAGAAAAAGCGAAAUAUCUGUUUACUAAUGAAACUAUUUUAACUGAUUUAUUUAAAAAUCAAAUUUCAUCACUUACUAUCCGUAUCAGGAGAGAUAACAAACACAUGUUAACAAAUGAUAAAAGUACAAUGAUAUUUACAGAUAUCUUUACUAUGUUCACUAAUCUACAGUAUUUAAACUUCAAACCAUCUUCCAAUUGUUCUCAACGGUUAUCAUUUGAUCUUUCACCUCCAAUUUUUAUUUCUUCAACUCUCUUAAAACUACAUGUCAAUGUAGACCAUUUCGACGAUUGUCUUUAUUUACUUGAUGGACGUUUUACUCAACUUCGGGUACUUCAUGUUAACACUUUUAACAUUCGUCAUUCUUCACAUCUAACAAUCAAUAACACGGAAAAUUUACCUAAUUUAAAAUGUUUUUCAUUAUAUUGUGAUGCAGAUACAAGUGCUUAUGAUGAAUUAAUUGUUCCACUUUUGCAUCGAAUGUUAAAUUUAGAAAAACUUCAUUUAUAUCUUAUAAUUUGUUACAAAAACACAUUUAUUGAUGGGAACAAUUUGAAAAGAAAUAUUCUUAAUCAAAUGCCAAAAUUAAAUAAAUUUACAUUUGACAUUCGCUCAAGUUUUCAUCUUCAUAAUCAAAUUAGUUUACUAUCAAAUGAAGAUAUUCAACAUACAUUCAAUGAUUUUCAAAAUAAUCAAAUUAUUUCUUGUGUUGAUUAUUUUUACGAGUUUGGACGAGGUGAAUGUCAUAUUUAUUCUUAUCCAUAUAAACGGGAAGUGUAUCCCAGAAUAACAAAUAAUUUUCCGGGUGGAAUAUUUAAAUAUGUUCGUGAAAUAUCAUUAUUUGAUGAACGACCUUUUGAACAUAAAUUUUUUUUUCAAAUUUCUCAAUCGUUUCCAUUUAUGCAAAAAUUAAUUUUAUGUAAUGGAAAACCACAAAAUGAUAAACAAUCUAGAAAAUUAGAUGAUAACAAUCAAAAUUUAUCAAUCAUUGAGUAUCCAAAUCUUUCUUAUCUUGAUCUUGUUGAAGCUCAUGAUGACUAUGUCGAACAAUUUCUUGUUGAUACGAACACUUGUUUGCCAAAUAAUCUUUUUCUUCUUGUCGAUUAUCAAACACUGAGAAGAGUGACAGAAGAUCUUACAAGAAAAACAACACGAACAAAUUGUACAAAACUAGGUUCUUUAGGUCUAGUUCGUGAAUGUGAAAUUCCUGAAUAUUUAAAACAAUAUUUCCCUCAUACAAAAAUAUUAUGA